CCUUUUGUUCGUCCCUUCAUCCCCCGAGAUUAGUUAGUGAUCCCAGCAUGUGCCCUGCACGCUCCUUCACCUUCAGGAUGAGAUCAUGAGAGGAGGGUGCGGGUUGGAAGCAAGGAAUGUUUAGUUUACUCCCCCUCGAUUAGCUUGUUUCUUCCUCCAACCAAAGCUUUAUCCUUUUUUUUGAACUCGUAGGAUUUUUUUUUCUGCUGGUAGGACGAGGAUGCUAGUAAUUUAUUCCUAGCUACUAGUACUCUACUACCACACCACUGCUCGCUCUACUGCUACUGGUACUUGUACAGGCGGUGGUGCUGGUGGGCUGGUGGCGCUGUCUUGCUCUUGCCUCCGGGGUGGCACCUUCCCCUCUUCCUCCUCCCACUGCCCAGCCUUCUCCUCCUCCUCCUCCUCCUCCACAUGGGUUUGGUGUCCUCCAUGGCGUGCUGCCAAAAUGUUGGUCAGGCUCCGUCGUCUUGCUGCUGCGCUUCAGGGGCUUCUUGCGGUUGCGGGGGGAGGAGCGUUGCCGCGGCGGAGCCGGCACGGUUGUGAUCUGUGGCGGCAUUGACGGCUGCUGCUGGGCUUGCUGUUCCCCACUGCGGCGGCGGCGGCGGCGGCGGCGGCGGCGCGUGUGAGGGACGAGAUGCGGACUCUUGCUCUUGUCGCGCUUCUUCUUGCUUCGGCUCUUGGAUCCAGAGGUACUACUCUGGCCCCUUCUCCUGUUAUCACUGAUUCUCCUGCAAACCAAGGACAAGCUUCUAGCCCUCCUGAACCUGCAUUUGCUCUUGGUCCAGUAACUGUUCCAACAGCACCUUCCCCAGAGAAGUCAGCUGUUAGUCCUGCUGCUCCCACUGAGCCGCGAAAUGCCCCGAGUCCAGUAACUUCCCCUAAAGAAUACAAUGCGCCUCCUCCAACUAAAGUUGCACCCCCUGAUCCUACUGUUGAGGUUGCUGCACCAGUAGCUCCUCCACAAGCUUCAGUUGAAAAUCCCACGCCAAUUCUUCCCGGGACACCUGCAGUGCUGCCUUCUGUUCAGGCUCCUGCUCCAUCUAUUGCCCUCAAUCCUAAUCCACCUGUCGUGCCACCUCCAUCUGUGAACAAUCAACCAAAUAGGCCGGUUGGUUCAGUACCGCCUCAUCCAUCCCCUGCAUUGCCCCCUCCAGCAAAUGACGUUCUGCCAUACCCACCUUCAGGAAAUUUUCCUGCUAUUCCUCCUGCUUCGGCAGUUCCACGUGUAAAUCCGCCGAUUGCAUCACCUGUUAUUGUACAAGCACCGCAACAGCAGGCAGAGGCUCCAAAUACUGAGCAUAAGAGUGGUUCCGCUUCGGUUCCACGUGUAAAUCCGCCGAUCACAUCACCUGUUAUUGUACAAGCACCGCAACAGCAGGCAGAGGCUCCAAAUACUGAGCAUAAGAGUGGAAACAUAGUGCCCCCAGCAAAUACUUCCCCUCCUGCAAAUCUCAAGAAGCAUCACGUUCCACAGGCAUCGCCUCCAAAGGAAUCCACUGGUCAAACUGUCCCAGUUCACAAAUCACCCGUUACAGGAUCUGCGCCUGCAACAAGUCCUUUGCUCCAGAACACAAACAUGCCUUCAAUUCCGAAGAAUGCUUCAUCAGUGUCCCAUGCCCAACCCUCACCACCAAGUUUAGCUCCAAAAUCGGCGCCCACUAGUAGAUCUCCUGCUCGGGUAUGGAAAUCCAAGAAUCCCAAGAAUGUAGCAACUCCAUCGAUUGCCCCAUCUUUCCCGCCAUCGCACACUCAAGGGCCCGAGAUCUCACUAGCUCCCAAACAGACUGGGGCUAAAAGGCAAAAUCACCAUGCACCUCCACCAAUGCCUCAAGGACACCCACGCUUUCCUGUACAACCCCCAUCUCCUUCACCAGCAUCAUCGAGGGGUCCCACAAACGGAAAGAAAAGGCAUCAUAUUUCUCCUACUCUGCCUCCAAUCCCUCCCCUGCCAGAGCCAAAGGCACCAUCAGCUCAUCCGAUUUGGGCAUUACCUCCGCCACCACCUAAUUCAGAUUGCAAUUCAUUAUCAUGCUCUGAGCCUCUAACAGAUCCACCUGCGGGAGCCCCAUGUGCCUGUGUUCUACCAAUCAGAGUCGGAAUUCGUCUAAGUGUUGAUCUUUAUUCAUUCUUUCCGUUGGUCUCUGAUUUUUCUGAGGAGGUAUCUUCUGGGGUAAACAUGGCACAGAGGCAGGUCCGUGUGAUGGGUGCAAAUGUUGCCAGUGAUCAACCUGACAAAACAAUGGUUCUUGUUGAUCUAGUACCAAUGCAAACGAAGUUCGACAAUGCUACAGCAUUUUCAGCAUUUGAAAGCUUGUGGAGCAAAAAAGUUUCUUUAAAACCAUCAGUCUUUGGGGACUAUGAGAUUCUCUAUGUUGUAUAUCCAGGGCUUCCUCCUUCACCACCUUCAGCACCAGAAGGUGUUGGUGAUGGGGCAUUAGGCAACAACAGAAAUGCGAGAGCAAUGAAGCCUCUAGGGGUCGAUGUAAGAAGACCCAAGAGAAAAGUGAAUGGCAGCCUAAUCGCUAUUGCUGUUUUGUCUACCAUUAUAGCAUUGAUUAUUUGCUGUCUGGCUGCAUGGUUGCUGAUACUCAAGUUCAGGGGUCCAAGUGACACAGCUCAAGGAUUUGCACAUAGUGUACUUCCAAAAUUUUCUAGGUCAUCCGGCACUGGUCACAUGCUUUUAGCUGGUGCUGGUCGCCAUAGUUCACCUUCAGGUCCAUCAGGUUCCCUGGGCUCAAGUAUUGCAACAUACGCAGGGCAAGCAAAAACAUUCAAAUUUGCUGAGAUUGACAAGGCCACAAAUGGCUUUGAUGAUUCAAAAGUUCUUGGCGAAGGUGGCUUUGGAUGUGUCUACCAGGGCACACUUGAAGAUGGUACAACGGUUGCGGUGAAGGUUCUAAAGAGAUAUGAUGGCCAGGGUGAGCGAGAGUUCUUGGCUGAGGUUGAGAUGCUGGGCCGUUUGCACCACCGGAAUUUGGUCAAGUUGUUAGGCAUCUGCAUCGAGGAGAAUGCACGGUGUCUGGUAUACGAGCUUAUUCCAAAUGGCAGUGUAGAAUCCCAUUUGCAUGGAGUGGAUCGUGAGACAGCUCCACUUGAUUGGAAUUCCCGUAUGAAGAUAGCCCUGGGGGCAGCACGAGCACUCGCAUAUCUACAUGAAGAUUCAAGCCCUUGUGUGAUUCAUCGUGAUUUCAAGUCAAGCAACAUUCUUCUGGAGCAUGAUUUCACACCAAAAGUAUCAGACUUUGGACUGGCCAGGACGGCGAGGGGGGAGGGCAACCAGCACAUCUCCACUCGUGUCAUGGGAACAUUCGGCUAUGUUGCACCUGAGUACGCGAUGACAGGGCAUCUCCUUGUAAAGAGUGAUGUGUACAGUUAUGGAGUUGUAUUGCUUGAGCUCCUUACUGGCAGGAAGCCUGUGGACAUGUCUCGGCCUGCAGGGCAAGAAAACCUAGUUGCAUGGGCUCGGCCCCUUCUAACAAAUGUUCUGAGCCUACGCCAAGCUGUCGAUCCACUUCUUGGCCCUAAUGUGCCACUGGACAAUGUAGCAAAAGCGGCUGCCAUCGCAUCAAUGUGCGUACAACCUGAGGUUGCGCACCGCCCCAGCAUGGGUGAAGUAGUGCAGGCCUUAAAACUAGUGUGCAGCGAGGGUGACGAUGGCCUUGCAUCAGGAAGAUUCAGCCAGGAAUUGCCCAUGCAUUGUACAGCAGUUUAUGACGUCACUGGAAUGGAAGCAGAGAGAGUGCUGAUAUCCGAGAUAUUUGGCUCCACGCCAGUCUUCACUCCUGCUGCCGACUCAGGCUCUUUCCGCAAUCAGUCCAGUUCAGGCCCACUGAUGACCGGCAAGAACAGGACGUUCUGGCAGAGGUUGCGAAGCCUGUCAAGGGGGAGCAUGAGCGAGCAUGGUGUCUCUCCAGAUUAUGAGACACGCUCGCAAUAUAGUGGCAGGUGAGGAAAUUUUUGCUCAUCUUCUGGUUUUGUGAAGACAGGGAUAUAAUAUUCGGUUCAUCGGGAAUAAAAGAGUUUCAAGCUGAGCUAGUGUAAAUUAUGCAUCUGGAGAUAAAAGCUUUGUAGUUCAGGAUCUCAUCAGAGUAGCAGAGUGUAGCCUGAGCUGUGGACUGCUGGAGGUUUAAUAAGCUCUGCUGUGGACUGCUGUGAUCUACCUUCAAAUCGAUGGGUUGCAAACCGCACAUGUGACCAUACUCCAGAACCCUGAUACCUCUCUUCCCUUUUACAGCUUCUUAGUUUGAGUUUUUGAGUUCUUUUUGUUUAAUUAGCAGUAUAAAUGUGCUUAAUCUUUUAUCCUGUCAGUUGUUUACUAGGGCUGUUGAUGUGUAUAGAUUCAGACUACGUUUCUUUGGGCUUGUGGAUUUCGACAGACCUGUUGUACACUGACGUUUGCUGGUAUGAGAAUGACAGAUUCUUGGUUCUGACUAA